GUGAAAUGAAAAGAAAAAAAAUGAUGACGAAAAGAAGUAUCAUUCCAACGACAAAAAAUGUUGAAAAUUUUAAAAUUUACAUUUUAAAAAAUGCAGCAAAAACUUACAAGACUCAUGACUGAAGAAUUUUCUUUUACACACUGGAAGACUUUAGCGGAACUCACACUGAUGUGUAUCAGUGUUUAUAAUAGAAAACGAGCUGGUGAAGCCCAAAGAAUACUUGUGGAGGAUUUUCGAAAUAUACAGACUUUGCGUGAUACAGUACUCCCAGAACUGCUCAACAAUUUAGGUGACAAUAGAAUAAAGAAGUUGAUUGCACAUACAAAUUAAUGAUCAGAGGAAAACUUCACAGAACGGUGGCAGUUAUAAUUCCCCAUUAUAUAAAGAAAUAUUUAACAUUUAUUAAUGACUAUAGAAGUCAGGCUGGAGUAUCGGACGAUAACCCUUAUAUCUUUGGCUUGCCGGGGAAAAUGGUAGGACAGCGAUACAGAACUUUAGAAACGUGUCGAAUAAUUAGAAAGUAUACAGCUAUGGCAAAAUUACAAAAUCCAUGUUCUAUAAGAACAACCCUUCUACGAAAACAGUUUGCAACAAAGACCUCAACAAUGAACCUUCAGGAUCAUCAAAAAGAAACCGUCGUUAAUUUUAUGGGUCAUCAACGAAAUAUACACGACGAGUAUUACAGGCAGCAGAUAGUUGUAGGUGAUUUAAUGAUAAAGAAAAUCUUAGAUCAAGAAAGCCAAAUGACCAUGGACGAAAUUUGUGAAAGAAAUGAAGACAAAACUAUUGAUCCAGAUAUAGAACGACCUCUUGUCACAAAUUGUUCUGUUAGGACUUGCACUGAAGCUCCAUCAUCCGAACCAUACAGCGGUGGAAGUAGUGAUGAGUGGGACCCCGGAAAUGUUUCCCACAUUCAAAAAACCCUUGGUCCAAUGACUACAAAACGCCGUGUGUGGUUGACACCAAAAAAGUCGACAGCAAAAGUUCUGUUUAAAAACUGCAUAGAAAAAUUAACAGUACCUAGUCUGGCAGAAUGUUCAGAAGCUAUUGCUCACUCAAAAACUCUGCAAACCCGAACGGCGCAGCAAGUAAGGCAGUGGGUGCAACACUAUAUUAAAACCAAUUACUUGAAAUGUGAUACUGCAAAAAUUCGACGUCCCUGGAGUACACCAGAAAAGCAGCUUGUUCGUAAAGCUUUUGGCACCUACAUUGCGGAAAAAUUGUAUCCAUCAGGAUUUGAAAUAAGCGAAUUAAUUAAAAAACAUCCCAUCCUCAGAAGGCGCUCCACAGCUUCUAUAAAAAGUUUUCUGCAACAUGAAAGAUCAAAAAUGUAAUCAUUGUGUUUGCUUUUAUAUGUACCCGUAAUAAAUAAUUAUAA